UCAAGAGUGCAGAAAGGCUUCUGCAUCAUUUGGAAGUUUGUGACCAUUCCUUGAGGGCCUGGUUUUAUUGACAAUAUGGCAUCUGACCUGAAUUGGACGAAGGCAGCAGAGGAACAAGAGAAGCUAUCAAAUAUGGUGUCAGGAGUGAGAAUUAGAGAUGGCACAUCUCAACAACCUGGAUCCUCAGCAAAUGGACUGAUCUCAAAAUCUGACAAAGAAGAUGAAUCCAUAUCUGUUGCUGAGAAUUCUCUUCUCCAGAAAAUACUUAGAACUAAGCUAAUUGAGACUUCUAGUGACUUGGAGAUCCAGAGAAAAGAUCCAAAGUCCCCUCUCUACUCUGUCAAAUCAUUUGAGGCCUUGAAUCUCCGACCAGAGCUGCUGAAGGGAGUGUAUGCAAUGGGAUUCAAUGCCCCUUCUAAAAUUCAAGAGACUGCCUUGCCAACUCUGAUGGCCAAUCCACCUCAGAACAUGAUCGCUCAAAGUCAGUCUGGGACCGGCAAAACAGCUGCUUUUGUUCUUGCCAUGCUAAGUCGAAUUGACCCUAGUCAGAAUUAUCCCCAGGCCCUCUGCCUGUCGCCAACAUAUGAACUUGCACUGCAGACAGGUGAUGUUGCCCAAAAGAUGGCCCAGUUCUGUCCUGAAAUCAGAGUCCGUUAUGCUGUCAAAGGUGAAAGAAUUUCAAGAGGAGAAAAGAUUGAUGAGCAGGUUGUAAUUGGAACCCCAGGGAAGGUCAUAGAUUGGGUCAUGAAGUUCAAAUGCUUCGACACUCAGAAGAUCAAGGUGUUCAUUCUGGACGAAGCAGAUGUGAUGAUCGCCAUGCAGGGGCACCAGGACCAGUCCGUGCGAAUCCACAAGCAGUUGCCUCAGGACUGCCAGAUGAUGCUCUUCUCGGCCACGUACGACCAGGAUGUGAUGGACUUUGCCGAGGCCAUCAUCAAGAACCCUGUGACGAUCCGUCUGCGACGAGACGAAGAGAGCCUGGAUAACAUCAAGCAGUAUUACGUGGAAUGCAGAGAUCAGGAUUCCAAGUACCAGGCCAUAGCCAACAUCUACGGAGCCCUCUCCAUUGGCCAAGCCAUAAUCUUCUGUCAU